AUGUGCAUCUCCUGCUUCGCUUUCGAGGUCCACAAGGAUCUGCUGUUCUUGCUGGCCUUCAACCGAGACGAGCUGCUCACCAGGGUCACUGCCCCACCUGCCUUCUGGACUGACCAUCCUCAAAUCCUUGGUGGCCGAGACAACCAACGCCAAGGCACUUGGCUGGGAGUGACAACUUCUGGCCGUGUGUCAUUUGUCACAAAUUACAAGGAGCGAGCCAAUGGACAUCCCAGAUCACCGACCACCCGUGGAGGCCUCACUGUAGACUUCCUAUUGGGAGAAGAACAACCAUUGACAUACUUGGAGUCUUUGGACUUGAGCAAGUACUCAGGCUUCAACCUGGUGGUGGCGGACCUCCUCUCGGGGUCAGUGGCAUAUCGGUGCAACCGCAAAGAUACAGUGCCUCGGACAAUCGGCCCAGGGGUUCAUGUGAUGAGCAACGGUCACAUUGACGACACGUGGCCAAAGAUGAAGAUCUGCAAGGAAGCUCUUGUGCGUGUUCUGAACAGCGGGGAAAUAGAGGGUCACAACCUCCCUUGGGAAACUAUUUUCAACGACGUGCUGGGGCAGGCCAAAAGAGUCGAGGAUGAGUCGUUGCUGCCCAACACUGGCGUUGGAAUCGAAUUGGAGAAAAUGGACAGUGGAGUCUUCGUAGAGCCCUUUGACAAGCAGGAUGGCUUGCACGGGACGCGGUCGCAGACGGUUCUUGCGGUUUGGCGUGACGGCCACGCUGAGUACCGUGAGAGGUGGUUGGACUUUCCGACCGGCCAGUGGCACGAAGUAAAUCACACUUUCGCCAUUGGCCGUGCUUUUGAAGGUUUGCCUCAUGGGGACGAGCUAUGA